GCCACCGUGGACAUGUCUACCGACUUCGGCCUCGAGGUGCACGAGGCCAAGCUGCGACGCGCGAACGAGCGCAGCAAGACCUGCUACCGCAAGCGCGUGGAGUACGAGCGCAGCCGCGGCGCCCGCGGCGCGGGCUCGGUGCCCCCCCGCGGCGACGCCCUCCGCGGUGCUGUCCGCGCCGCCUCGCGCGCCUGCCUGUCGCGCGGCGCGGUGGAGACUGGCUGCGACCUCCCGAGCAUCUGCAAGGCCGAGAGGUCCUACCGCCGCGACCGCCAGAAGUCGGCCUCGGUUUCCCCGAUGUUGAAGGCCAUGUCCUCGCCGACGAUGCGCUUCCGCACGACGCCUGCCGACUUCGAGGAGCACGCGUGGCCCGGGGAGGGCGCCAAGGACUUCGAGCUGCCCCUUGCGGAGGACGCGCCCUCCACGCAGGCGGCCUCGGACUCGGAGGGCGGCGCGGGCCUCCUGGACGAGGACGAGGAUGAGGGCGAGGCGGCGAGCGCCCUCGGCGCCUGGCCGGGGAGGCACGGCCCCGCGGGCGGCGAGGGCCAGCCGCAGGAGGGCGGCGAGGUGGGCGCCGACUCCGCCGCACCAGCUGAGGCGACGGAGGAGGAGCUGCCUGAGGCGGCGGGGGCGGAACAGUGCGCUCAGCAGGCCCCCGCCGCGAAGGACCCGGCGAAGCGCGAGGAGAUCCUCCGGCAGAUCGUGUCGCGGCUGCGGGAGCAGGUCGCAGAGGCCAACCAGGCGGCAGGCGACGCCAGGGCCCAGGCGCAGGAGGCGGAGCUCAAGGCCGCGGAGGCGCAGGCUGCCGCCGCCAGGGCCGCCGGGGCUCCCGGCGGCGCGAGGGCGACGCUCAAGGAGGCCAGGCAGGCGGAGAAGCAGAUGGCCGGCGAGCUGCGCAAGAAGCGCAACCAGGCCGCCCGCUGCCAGGCGAUCAAGGAGAGGGCAGACAGGACCCUGCAGGAGGCCCAGGAGAUCAAGGCGAGGGCCGAGGACGAGGCCGUCGCCAUCCGGGCGCGCCUCCUCGGCGAGGCGGACCUCGAGGCGCGCGCCGCGGCCGAGCGGCAGGCCGGCGAGGAGGUCGCCCGCGCGCAGGCGGAGGCGGAGGCCCUGCUGCGCGAGGGCUCCGAGCAGUUGGCCCUCGCUUGGGACGAGAUGCGGCGCCAGGCGAAGGCCGAGGCGGAGGAGGCCCGGCGCGCGGCCGAGGAGGAGGCGCGGGCCAUCCGCGAGCGCGCGGGUUCCGAGGCCCGCGCCUUGCGCGACACAGUGCAAGAAGACAUCUGCUCGAUGAAGGUGCGCGCUGAGGUGGAGGCCAAAGCGUUCGCCGAGGCGCAGGCGCAGGAGAUCCGGGAGAGGGCGAUGGCCGACGCCCGGGCCCUCCGGGCGCGCGCGGCCGAGCAGCUCCAGGAGAAACAGCGCCGCGCCGCCGAGGAGGAGCGCCGCGCCGAGGAGGAGAAGCGGGCCAGGGCCUCGGCCGAGGCGGACAGGGCCCUGCGAGCUGCGGAGGAGCUGGCGCGGGCCCAGGCCCUCCGGGAGGCCAAGGCCCUCGAGCAGCAGCGGGCCAGGCAGGUCAAGAAGGACGCUGAGCGCGAACGGCGACGGGCGCAGAUCCAGGAGCGCGAGGCCGAGGCGGCGAGGGCCCAGGUCGCCCUCGAAUUCGCCGCGGCCAAGGAGCAGGCAGACGCCGCCCUGAGGGCCGCGAGGGCGGAGGCGGCCGCCGUGGCCAGGGCGGAGGAG